AUGAUCUGCAAAUUGUUCGUUUUCGCCGGUCUCCUGGCCGUGGCUCGUGCCGGAGUAGUAAGUGGAGGAUUGGUCGGACCUGCAACGGCUGCAGUUGCAGUUGCACAGCCAACUGCAGUUCUCAGAACCGAGAGCUACGACCCAAACCCUCAGUACAGCUUCAGCUACAGCGUCGCUGACGGACUCACUGGCGACAACAAGGCCCAGGAAGAGACGAGGAACGGCGACGUGGUCCAGGGCAGCUACAGCCUGAUCGAGCCUGACGGUUCCCGGCGUAUCGUCUCCUACGCGGCCGACCCCAUUAACGGAUUCAACGCCGUCGUGCAGAAGGACCCGUCCGUGACCGUGACAAGAACCGCAGUCAACGCAGCGGUGGCCACUGCGUCCCCGAUCCUGCGACCUGCGGCCCAAAUCGUGCGGCCUGCUGCCGUGGUUGCACCCUCUGCCCAGUUAGUGGCCGCUCGUCAACCCCUCCUCGCAUCCGGCCAUGGGCCCAUCAUCCGUCCGUCGGCCGUGUACGGAUCUCCCUACCUGAGACAGGCUGGCGCCGUGGUGGCCGCUCCAUCGGUGGCGUCGUCGAACCUCAUCAGUGCGACCAACGGAGGAUUUAUCGAGGGUGUGCCCUUCGGUCUUGGUGUUGGACUGGGACUUAGGGCUGGAUCCCUCUACGGUGCGCAGCCACUCCUGACGACCGGAUACGGCUACGGUGCUGGAGGACUCGUCAAGGUCCACUAACCAUCUCAGGCAAAUAAGUCCCUCUCAACGCCCGACCCAUCCCUGCUCGCCUGCCCAAAGGCCGCCAUUUGCGACGCCCUGGCCCCCGAGACCCGACCUCAGCAGAUCCCUUAACCACCCGAGGUCGAGAUCUCGGAAACCCGGUCGCAAAGAGCGGUCCUUGUG